UUGUAAGAUUUUCUCCCAAGACGCAACCAGGAUUCUCAUUACGUAUGGAAGAGCGUGGAUCUCGAUUGAAAUUGAGACAAAUCGCUUCGUGGGCCGUCAAGAUUGGCCCCCUUUGGGGCUAGAUGUUUUCUUAGUAGGAUACGGAUUCGUUUCAAAUGAAAUCGGCAUUGUCGGGGCAACGGGAAGAAAAAUAACAGUUUAGUCCAGGGAGAGACAAUGGGGAUGAAAAAGGAAAAGAAAAGAACACGUAGGGGUAGCUUGCAUCCCUAUAAAACCAAGAGCUGAGAACGUAUCAACAUCAUUCGCCGACAACUUCCCGUGAUAACGUGUACUCGAACGAAGCGAUGAUCGGUUUCGCCGCAUUUUCGUCUUUCAAUCGUCUUACGACCAUUUUUGUCUGCGUACUGGUGUGCGUGGUCUACUUGCUAUCAUAUGCUUCUGGGGAAUACGAUGGCAGAGAAUCAUCAAGUAGUUCGAAUAAUGACAGAGUACCAAGUAACGAGUUUGGUUCGUGCACCGACGGCAAAUGUAUCAAACGUACUUCGCAAGAUAUCACUAGUGGUAUGUGGUUUGGUCCCCGACUUGGACGAAGACGUAGAGCGGAUCGAAAACCAGAGAUUAAUUCUGAUAUUGAGGCGCUCGCCAAUGCACUUGAGGAACCACAUUGGGCCAUUGUCACAAUUCCAGAAACGGAGAAACGACAGAUAACACAAUUCACACCUCGUUUGGGAAGAGAAUCGGGUGAGGAAUAUUUUUCAUAUGGAUUUCCAAAGGAUCAAGAAGAAUUGUACACAGAGGAACAGAUAUUUCUACCUUUGUUUGCACCACGUCUAGGACGUCGAGUACCCUGGACACCAUCUCCGAGACUUGGACGUCAGUUGCACAACAUUGUUGAUAAACCUAGACAAAAUUUUAACGAUCCACGCUUUUAAGACUGGUUUGAUGUUCUGAAUGAUUAAUAGCUAAUGAUAUAGUGUAAUUAAGACCAUAUUAAGGAAUAAAGGACUUGUAUUUAUUUGUAUUAUAAUUGCAGUAUGA